AUGCCACAAGCCCCGCCCUCCGCCCCACCCCUGAGCCCCAUCCCGCCCCGAGCGCAUUCGUGCCUCUGGUGCGCGGAUAUGCCCCAGUGCCGACCAAAACAUCCCCAGGCCACGAUCUCGAGGCACACAUACGCGCGCUUGGCUCAGGACAAACAGCUCCAGGCACGGGGACCAAAUUCGAAAUCUUUCAGACGCUUACCCCAAGAACCCCAGAAAGUACCCCAAGACCCCCUGAAAUUACCCAACCCGCCCCAAAAAGUCCCCAAGACCCGCCCCAGAAAGUCCCCCAAGACCCCCCCCGCCCCCGAAAGUACCCCAAGACCCUCCACCAGAAAGUACCCCCGCAAAACCCCAGAAAGUCCCCAAAAAAGGACCCCCCCGAAAAUACUGAAACCUCGAUCAGAAAAUACCCCAAGAACCCCUAAAAAGUACCCCAAGACCCCCAGAAAGUCCCCCAAGACCCCACCCCAGAAACUCCUUGCCUGCUCACCCUCGCCAUUAGCCUCCCCUCCGCCAUAA